AUGGUGCUUACUGGCAAGUCUCUGCAGACGGCACAGCUGUUGCUGGUCGUAUUGCCGGCUUUCGUCCUUUUUGGAUACAACCAGUCUGGUGUUGGAGGUCUCCUAUCCCUCCGCGAUUGGAACGACCACUUCCCUCAGAUCAACACCAUUGAUGCUAAAGGCGCUGAGAAGAGCCACAAAUCGACCAUCCAGGGAGCUGUUGUCGCUACCUUCACCAUUGGCGCACUCUUCGGUGCUCUCUCCUGCACUUGGGCCGGAGACAUUCUCGGACGACGAAAAGUCAUCUUCGGUGCUGCGAUCUUCACUUUCAUUGGCGAAGUCUUGCAAUGCACUAGCUUCCACCUUGCGCAGUUCGUCGUCGGCCGCUUCAUCCUCGGAUUCGGUGUUGGUGCAUUGAGCGCCACGGUCCCUGUCUGGCAAUCUGAAUGCUCGUCUACAGCCAACCGCGGAAAGCACGUCGUCCUGGAUGGCUGCUUCAUCAGUCUGGGAUAUCUCCUCGAAGCAUGGAUCAACCUCGGAUUCUUCGAAGUCAAGAACAACAAGCCCGUCCAAUGGCGUCUUCCCCUCGCUAUCCCAACUUUGAUCUCCUUGGUCCCUCUGGCUGCCGUUUUCUCGAUUCCCGAGAGUCCGCGAUGGCUCGUGAACAAGGGCCGCGUUGAGGAAGCUCGCGCAUCUUUGUCUGCAUUCAAGGGUCUUGACCUGCACGACCCGGAGAUCAGCGCUGAGGUCAGCGGCAUCGAACUCGCCCUUGAAGAAACUGGCCGCAGCGCUGCCAAGCUCGGCGACAUCUUCACCAUGGGUAAGGACAAGCUAUUCUACCGCUUCUCGCUGUGCAUUUUCUUGCAGUUCCUGCAGCAAAUGUGCGGAAGUAACUUGAUCUCCACAUACUCUACCAUCAUCUUCCAACAAGGCCUCGGCCUCGACGCAGAAACCUCCCGCAUCCUCUCCGGCGGCGCGCUCACCUGGAAAUUCCUCUCCUGCUUCGUCGCCUUCUUCACCAUCGACCGGUUCGGUCGCCGCAAGCUCUUCAUGUUCUCUGGCGUCGGCAUGGCGUCGUGCAUGCUCGCGCUAGCCGUCGCGUCCUCGUUCCCGAAGACCAACUACAGCGCGCAAAUCGCGUCUGCCUUCUUCGUGUUCAUGUUCAACUUCUUCAUCCCGAUUGGCUUCCUGGGCGCCAACUUUUUGUACUGCACCGAGGUCGCGCCGACGAGGUUGCGCGUGGGCAUGGCGGGCAUUUCGACGGCGAAUCAUUGGCUCUGGAACUUCGUAGUCAACAUGGUAACCCCCGUGGCCAUCGAGACCAUCGGCUGGAGAUACUACCUCGUCUUCCUCAUCAUCUCGGCCAUCAUCGUGCCCGUCGUGUGGUUCGGGUACCCCGAGACCAUGGGCCGCAGUCUCGAGGAGCUCGAGAUGAUGUUCACCGAGCACGACAAGAUCCGCGACAUUGUGAGGGAGUCGCGCAAGCCUUUAACGGGCGGGUUGGGGCUUGAGCGGGCGAGGGAGAAGGUCGCGAUUGAGAAGGAUGAGUUUGCUUAGAGAGGGUGAUGGGAGUUAAACAGAUGGUCAGAAGUGUAGUGUGGAGGAAACUGGGGAGUACAGAUAUGUUGGGGUGAGAUGAGGAUGAUUAUGAAUGUUAUGAGAUAUCGUU